AUGAGUGUUUGCUAUUCAUAUCGAACGAAUUUGCCAGCUGAAUUGACAUGUUGUGUAUGUAUGGAGAGAGCUGAAGGAUAUCAUUUUGGUGCAGUCAGUUGUGCAGCAUGUGGUGCAUUUUUCAGGUAACUAACUUUACAUAUUUUCAAAGAAAUAGUUUGAUUCAAUUUCAGACGAAGUGUUUCGGAUCAGAAAACUUAUUCAUGUGCAAGUCGAUCAUGUAUUGUUAUAAAUGACAAAGAGAAGAAAGAAUCGAAAAGAUCUGGCGGGGCAAGUUGUCGAUAUUGUCGAUUCUUAAAAUGUGUUCGAAAUGGAAUGUUGCCAGGAGAUGUUAGAGAAAAACGACAUACAAGUCCACAACAACCAUAUAUUUAUCGAACACUUCCAGAAGAAAUUGUUCGAUUUAUUGAUGAAUUGGUAUCAAUUCGAAGAAGAAUGCAAAUCUCGAGAAGUAGAGUUAGUCACAUAUUGAAAGAGCUAUAACUUUUUUAUUUUAACUUUUCCAGGAAUGUAUGCUGAUGAAUGGAAUUCAAGCUGUUAUUCAAAGUGUGUCAAUCGAAUAUGAACUUCUGCGCGGAGUUUGGAUUGAUUCUCCAAUUCUUCAUAGAAUUCUUCCCAUUCCAAUGACUCCAAUUAGUGAGCCAAGUAUCUUUCGAGAUAUUCUUGCCACGUAUUUUGUUUUCGAAACUUGUAUUACAACAAGCUGUCAUGGAGGUGUUCAACUUGAUCGACUUAUUUAUCCAAAUUUCACAUUUAUUGAGUUAUCAAGUCAAGAUUUCUGUCAUGUUUUUGGAUCUGGAAAUAUGUCUCGAGUUUGCUCAUUUCUUGUUCAAAACUUAGCAAGAAGUUUUCAAUCGAUUCAUUUCGACGAAACUUAUCAAGCUGUUCUUUUCUUUGGUGUUUUGAUUCAAAGUGUUCCAUUGAUUCACCGUAACCCAGAAAAUGAUAUAAUUUAUCGAAGAAUUACAGCAGGUCUUCACGAAGUUGACAAAAAUUUCAAACAAAGAUUGGAUAAAAUUGUCACUUUAAUUCAUCAUGGAACACAAAUUUUCAAACAAACGUUUUUCUUGACUCAAUAA